AUGUCACAACUUUGGGUAAAGCGAGCCAAGGCUGAGGUUACUCGCCAUUCUCGUCUUCUUGAGACACUUAAUCGUGUUUUCCCUAUGCCUUUUGAAGAACGUCGUUCACGUGUAGGAAUGGUAUCAUACGGUACAUACCGAUGGUUUAGAUAUUUCCCAAUAGUACUCGUUCCCGCAGUUCUUAUUGGUGUUAUUCUUGAAACUCGUGAUAUACCACAGGAACACGUAUUCACCUCUUUGCAUUUAUGGCUUGCUGAUCAUGGCAUGUUUCGUCAUGAUACAGUGAAAGCACUUAACCCAGCCUUUGAGGAUGAACGCAGAGAAAUAGAAUGGAAGGCCAAUGAUCGCAAAUGGAGAUUUACGGGGAUUGACAUGCCAUCAGAAAAAGAGAUGCGUGAAUUUACGGCAAUAAAUAUUGAGAGAAUACGUUCAUCCUCCACGCGGUAA